AACAGGAAGUGACAUCAGACAGGCAGGAUCACAUGUUCUGAUGUCGGGGUUGUUUUUUUAGAAACUAAAAUGAUCUCAGGUCGUUAACAAGUGACUCGUCUGUCAUGACUUGAGUUCUAGUGAUGAAUCCGUCCUUCAGAGCUCAGACUGAAUCUGAUCUUUGAUUUUUAAUCUUCAGUUCUGCUGAAAAAUCUGAAAAGAGCAAAGCCUUGAAUAUUCAACGUUGUAACGGACCGACCUCCCACUGACUGACAGAUGACCUGACAAACAACCUGAUGGAUCCUCGCGUCGUGAGGAACGACCUGACGGACGUUGUGAGAAACAACCUGACGGAUGUCGUGAGGAACGACCUGACGACGACCUGACAAAAUGACCUGACACAUGACCCAACAGACAACCUGACGAACGACCUGACGAACAACCUGACGGACGUUGUGAGGAACAACCUGACGGAUGACCCGACAGACGACCUGACGGACAACCUCACGGACACUGUGAGGAACGACCUGACGGACGACCUGAUGAACGACGUGACACAGCUCAGAUUCACCUGACACAAAUAUCAUUUCAUGAAUUUAACAUAAAAGACUUUAGAGGUUAAGUAGUGUGUGAGCCCAGAAACAGACUGUGUGAAGUUAUUCUAAAGGUCUCAGGUUGGUGACAUGUUCAGAUGUGUCUGACUGAAGUCUGCCUGACAACAGGUGACAGAAGCUGGAAAUGAAUCAGGGAAAUGAAACAGGGUGAGCAGCUGGUUUUGGUCUCAGUAAAAUGUCUCUGUAAAAACACACAGCAGGGGGCGCUGCAGCAUCAAUGACAAUGAUCCUUUUCUCCCAGGCAACAAUGAAACCUUGGCACACAGAUCUGUGAAUCAGCUCUAAUGUCUAAUAAAAUCCCGUCAUCAUAUAAAGAGGAUGAAGCGUUCCCAUCAGCUGAGUCAUGACUUUUCCAAUGAGUAAGAAAAUACAUGUGAUAAGUUUUGGUACUUUUACAUUAAGUUUGGUUUACAAUAUAACCGCGAUGGGAGCAGUAGAGGGCGCUACGACGACACCAAAACACACGAUGUUAAAGCAAGAAACAUUUUUCUCGUAGAGGGAAUCUCUUGCACUUCAGCCCUUCCACAAUUGGAGGUCAAUGCUUCUCAGAACAGGACAAUAUAGAUCAAAAUCACCCUGUGGAGAAAUCCACAAGAAAAGCACUGGAGCACUCAGAUCACUUGUGAUGAAUUAAUUAAUGACUAACGUUUCGACGGCAACUGCGUCUUCAUCAGAGUCAAACAGUACAGGUGCCAGGUAAGAAGGUUAAAUAUCCUCCAAGUCACAUAGAGACUCUUCUCAUUGGUUUACAGACAGUAGGAGAUAACCAAACACUUAGCCAGCAGUACUGUGACAGCACUCACACAGCUCGUCAGUACCAGAAUACACCACCAGUGCAGUAAAAACAAUCCCAUCCAAAUAUAUACAAUAUAUACAGUCUUAGCAUUGCAUUACAGGAAGCAAGAGAGGUUAAGCUCCUCAUUCAGUGGUUCAACUGUUUUGAGGGUGUAAAUCCACCAAGCCGGUGUUGUGGUUAGCACUCUCGCCUCACAGCAAGAGGGUUGCCAGUUCGAUCCUGGGUGUGGGAGCCCUUCUGUGUGGAGUUUGCAUGUUCUCCCUGUGUCAGCGUGGGUUUCCUCCAGGUGCUCUGACAUGUUCUCCCCGUGUCAGCGUGGGUUUCCUCCAGGUGCUCCGACAUGUUCUCCCUGUGUCAGCGUGGGUUUCCUCCAGGUGCUCCGACAUGUUCUCCCUGUGUCAGAGUGGGUUUCCUCCAGGUGCUCCGACAUGUUCUCCCCGUGUCAGAGUGGGUUUCCUCCAGGUGCUCUGACAUGUUCUCCCUGUGUCAGCGUGGGUUUCCUCCAGGUGCUCCGACAUGUUCUCCCUGUGUCAGAGUGGGUUUCCUCCAGGUGCUCUGACAUGUUCUCCCUGUGUCAGAGUGGGUUCUCUCCAGGUGCUCCGACAUGUUCUCCCUGUGUCAGCGUGGGUUUCCUCCAGGUGCUCCGACAUGUUCUCCCUGUGUCAGCGUGGGUUUCCUCCAGGUGCUCUGACAUGUUCUCCCCGUGUCAGAGUGGGUUUCCUCCAGGUGCUCUGACAUGUUCUCCCCGUGUCAGAGUGGGUUCUCUCCAGGUGCUCCGACAUGUUCUCCCCGUGUCAGAGUGGGUUUCCUCCAGGUGCUCAGACAUGUUCUCCCCGUGUCAGAGUGGGUUUCCUCCAGGUGCUCUGACAUGUUCUCCCUGUGUCAGAGUGGGUUCUCUCCAGGUGCUCCGACAUGUUCUCCCCGUGUCAGAGUGGGUUUCCUCCAGGUGCUCUGACAUGUUCUCCCCGUGUCAGCGUGGGUUUCCUCCAGGUGCUCUGACAUGUUCUCCCCGUGUCAGCGUGGGUUUCCUCCAGGUGCUCCAGCUUCCUCCCACAGUCCAAAGACAUGCAGGUUAAUUGGUGACUCUAAAUUGUCCGUAGGUGUGAAUGUGAGUGUGAAUGGUUGUCUGUCUCUAUGUGUCAGCCCUGUGAUAGUCUGGCGACCUGUCCAGGGUGAACCCUGCCUCUCACCCGAUGUUAGCUGGGAUAGGCUGCAGCCCCCCCGCAACCCUCAAGAGGAUGAAGCGGUUAGAAGAUGAAUGAAUGAAAGAUGAAUGAAAUCCACCAAGCCUCUCUUGUGAGCAGUUUUCUUACCAUGUCUGCCCCUCUCUGGGAUGGGGAGAUUUUCUCAAUGCCCCAAAAUUGCAGUGUUGCUGCAGAACCAUGGUUUGCCUUUACAUAGUGUCUUGCAAUGGCAUAGUCCAUAUUCUGAUUAUGGAUGGCAACUUUAUGUUCGGCAGUACGAGCUUUGAAGGGGCGUUUUGUCUGACCCACAUAAAUCAAUCCGCGUGGACAUUUCAAUAUGUAAAUUACAUGUGUGGUACUACAGUUUAUAAAUGAAUUGAUGUUGUAUUUUUUUGCCUGUGUGGAUGACAGAAUUGUUUGCUGUCAGAUGAGUUAGAGCAGUGAGAGCAGUGGCCACACCUGUAGAAGCCAGUAGGUGGAGCAGGCAACCAGGUAGAUCUGUGAGGUGCGCUCAGUCUGUCUUUAAGGGAUCUGGCUUUAUGGAAAGAGAUCAGAGGGGGCUGAGCACAUACUUGUGUUAGGGCUGGGUCACUUUGUAAAAUGUACCAGUGUUUCUUAAUCAUGUUUUUUUAUGUCCCCUGCGAUGGGGAGAAUUCUGUGGAGGAACAGAGGCGAGGUGUUGUGGAGGGCGCUGAGUCUUUUGGAGGAGGCGGGCUCUGUCCGUGCGUCUCGCCCGCUGAUAUGCUGCCCGUAUGUCAUGCUCCUUAUGGCCUUAUGGUCAUCUCAUCUGCUUUCAGUUCAGAUUCCUCGUCUGUGCUGCAGUUUCUUUUUAGACGGAGAAACUGUCCUGUUGGGAUGUUUUUGAUGAGUUGUUUUGGAUGGUGACAGUCAGCUCUGAGAAGUGUGUUCCUGCUUAAUGGUUUCCGGUAAAUAGUGCUGUCCAAACCCCCUCUCAUGUUUUUAUAGACUGUGAAGUCCAAAAAGUUCACUCUGUCAUUACACUGCUCCACUGUGACUCUCAGGUACUGUGUGGUGGAAUUAAUGUAGCCCACAAAAUCAAUUAGUUCGUCAGUAGUACCAGUCCAUAUAAAAAAGAUAUCAUCACUGUAUUUUUUCCACAGUGCGAUUAGUGCGAUUUGACAACCAUCUUUUUUAGGACGUUUUUCUUGUUUUUCUGUCCGCCGAAUUUAUCACUGAAACUUUCUCAUCCAGAAUCUGUGUUACAUUUCUUUAAUUAACUCAUUACUUCCGGUAAGUCUGGUAACAAAUGUUAAUUCAGUUCUUCCUGAAUGAAGUUCGGUGGACGACACAUGGCGGGACGGGAGCCGUUUCUCUGACCGUUCACACAAACUACACACUUUAAUUUAACUUUAAACACGCUGACGUCACUUUGUGUUUACAGCUUUACAAAUAGGAAGCAGGUCAGCUCAUGCUAACAGCUAACAGCUAACAGACAACACAGUUAAUCAGGAAGCAGACGGAGCUCUGG